AUGACUGGGUUUGGUGUUGGCGUUGUUGGCUAUGGUGCGGCUGCGCAAUCGUUCAUACAGAGCAUUGCGAAGGAUGGUGCGCUUCAGCUGCGAUGGGUGGUAGAGGACGAUACUGCUCUGCUCCAAGAAGCUUCACAGUCGUUGAGAGGCUCUAGGGUAAGAGUGCAACAUGCCCUCACGUACAACGAGCUCCUCAGGAGCGAUAGCGUUCAGCUCGUCGUCGUCUGCGGGAAGCUUUCUCUUCGCUCCCAGAGGAUCAAGGAGGCCCUGGAGAACAACAAGAAUGUGCUUGCUGACAGCUUCGUCUCCCGUGAGAUGUGCGAGGUCAAAGCGCUCUUCACGAUAGCGAGGAGGCAAAACAAGUUUCUGAGCGUCUUUUUGCCGGGGCGCACGGGCUCGCACUACACCUCGAGGAUGAUGUCGUGCAUUGCGAGCAGCUCCAGAAUAGAAGUUCAGAGGCUGAGAGGAGAGUGUGAGGAGGAGGCCCAGGCAGAGGAGGUGCUUGCUGCUGGCAACAAGCACCUGUCUCAAGAUCAGGUCGAGGACCAAGUGUUCGACCUCGUGAUCAAGGACUGCUCUGCUGUUAACUUCUGCUGCUGCAUGCGGCCUGUUCAGGUGUCAGCCUCGCCUGUCAGAGGCGUCGAGCAGGGAGUGCGGGUGGACUUCAUGUACCCCAACCAAUGUGAGGUGACGACGACGAGCACGGCGCAGAACCUGGAGGUGAAGGAUCAGAAGUUCAUUCUUCGUGGAGAUAGGCUGUCCUCGAUGAGCAGGGAGGACGAGUUCCACAACUCGACUAGCAGCAGGCCAGGUGGAGUGGUACAGGAGGGGGGGUAUAGCAGCAUGAGCUACAGGUUCACGCAGAAGUACGAGGCAGCGCUGGAUCGAGCGGUGGUGCAGGCAAGGAGGGCCAUGCAAGGUGCUGGCGCUGGGAUGCGGACGGACCUGGUAGAGCAGAGCAUGCUCGAUUGCAUUCAUAUCGCACGUCAAGUCAUCAUGUCUCUCAAGACUCAGAAGCCUGUGGACAUUGACUACUGGUAUUACCAGAGCAUUCCGGACGAGACCAAGUGGUCAAGAGUCUUGCAACCUCAGUCCCCCUGCGACGUGACGUCGAGCGAAAUCAUGCACGACUUCCGGCACUGCACGCUCAGCAGCGCUUGCAAGUAUGAGGUGGAGCAUGACAAGCACACCGUCCUGUACGGCAAGGGGAAGCAGCUGCGGUCGAAGCUCGAGACUGUCGCUCAGGACGGCAUCGGCAACGUGCAGGUCAUCAUGGAUUUCAACCUGGCGCUCACGGCGGCAGAGCAUGCGGAGGAGCAUCAGGAGGCGAUCAUCGGGCCCCGGGAGGAGGGGAAGGAGCCUGGCCCCAACGAGGAGGGCGGGGAGGGAGGGACUUUAGGGCAUCAGGGGAGAAGGUACACAGUGAGGGAGGACGUGAAGGAGCUGGUCUUGACCCUGAAGGAGAAGAAAAUCCCUCUUGUCUUCUACUCCUCCGGCCACUUUCGCACGUGGGAAGAGAUGGCGGACGGUAGGCUCAUGGACGAAGACUUGCGCUCGUUUGCUGAGCUUGUGGCCGGCCAGUCUGAGGGAACAAGGGGAGGAGGAGGGUCGCAGUCGUCGCUUGUGAAGGAGGCGAGGGCGAUCAUGAGCAGGAGCAACGUGUUCGUGGUCGGGGACGGCAAGUCGGCAGAGCAGAUGGCUGCAGGGAUCAACGCCAAGUGCCUGGUUAAGCUCGCCUUCCUGCAUGGCGACGAGAGGGACCUCAACGUGUACUUGGAGAAAUUCGACCUGCUCGCCUUCGGCGACAUGAGUCUGCAACCCAUCAGCUCGCUCUUCUGCAAGCUCUUCAGCCUCAAGAUCAACCAGGGAGCGUGA